ACUUUCCCAGCCGCCGGGAGUGCCGCAUCCUCCCGCGUGACUACGUCACGGCGCCGGGGCGGAAGAUGGAAGAGCUGCAGGCUGGCGGCUGUUAACCAGACCCGGACGGAGCGGGAGCCCGAGUCGGCCGCUCCGGUUGUGUGGCUGCCGCCAUGUCUCUGCUGCAGUCGGCGCUCGACUUCCUGGCGGGCCCAGGCUCCCUGGGCAGUGCUGCUGCUCGCGACCAGAGUGACUUCGUGGGCCAGACGGUGGAACUGGGCGAGCUGCGGCUGCGGGUGCGGCGGGUCCUGGCCGAGGGAGGGUUUGCAUUUGUAUAUGAAGCUCAAGAUCUGGGAAGUGGCAGAGAAUAUGCGUUAAAGAGGCUGUUGUCCAAUGAAGAGGAAAAGAACAGAGCCAUCAUUCAGGAAGUUUGUUUCAUGAAAAAACUUUCUGGCCACCCCAACAUUGUCCAGUUUUGUUCCGCAGCAUCAAUAGGAAAAGAAGAGUCGGACACAGGGCAGGCCGAGUUCCUUCUGCUCACAGAGCUCUGCAAAGGGCAGCUGGUGGAAUUUUUAAAGAAAAGUGAAUCUAAAGGUCCUCUGUCGUGUGAUGCGGUUCUGAAGAUCUUUUACCAGACGUGCAGAGCAGUGCAGCACAUGCACAGGCAAAAGCCGCCCAUCAUUCACAGAGACCUCAAGGUUGAAAACUUGCUGCUUAGUAACCAGGGGACCAUCAAGCUAUGUGACUUUGGCAGUGCCACAACCAUCUCGCAUUUCCCCGACUAUAGCUGGAGCGCGCAGAGGCGAGCCAUGGUGGAGGAAGAGAUCACAAGGAAUACAACACCCAUGUACAGGACACCAGAGAUCAUUGACUUGUAUUCCAACUUCCCGAUUGGCGAGAAGCAGGACAUCUGGGCCCUGGGCUGCAUCCUGUACCUGCUGUGCUUCCAGCAGCACCCUUUUGAGGAUGGAGCGAAACUCCGAAUCGUCAAUGGGAAGUAUGCGAUUCCUCUGACUGACACCCAGUACAUCGUCUUCCAUGACCUCAUCCGUGCCAUGCUGAAGGUCAACCCAGAGGAGCGGCUGUCCAUUACCGAGGUGGUACGCCAGCUGCAGGAGAUUGCAGCUGCCAGGAACGUGAACCCCAAGUCCCCCAUCACAGAGCUCCUAGAGCAGGACGGAGGCCAUGGAAAUGCUGUUCCAUCCCGAGGGCCCCUUCCUGGAGGCCCUGCCAGCAGUGGCUACAGUGCAGGUGGCCUGGCCCUGGUGGAGUACGACCAGUCCUACAGCGGCUUCCUAGACAUCUUGCGGGGUGGUACCGAGCGGCUCUUCACCAACAUCAAGGACACGUCCUCCAAGGUCAUACAGUCAGUUGCUAAUUAUGCCAAAGGCGACCUGGACAUAUCCUACAUCACAUCCAGGAUCGCUGUGAUGUCGUUCCCAGCAGAGGGCGUGGAGUCAGCAAUCAAAAACAAUAUAGAAGAUGUGCGGGUGUUUCUGGACUCCAGGCACCCAGGGCGCUAUGCUGUCUACAACCUGUCCCCGCGGAGCUACCGGUCCUCUAAGUUUCAUAGCCGAGUGUCCGAGUGCGGCUGGGUGGCCCGCCGGGCACCCAGCCUACACAGCCUGUACGACGUCUGUAGGAACAUGCAUGCCUGGCUCCGGCAGGACCACAGGAACAUCUGUGUCGUGCACUGCAUGGAUGGGAGAGCCGCCUCAGCUGUGGCUGUCUGCUCCUUCCUGUGCUUCUGCCGGCUCUUCAGUACCGCAGAAGCCGCUGUGUACAUGUUCAGCAUGAAGCGCUGCCCACCAGGCAUUUGGCCAUCCCACAAAAGGUACAUCGAAUACAUCUGUGACAUGGUGGCAGAGGAGCCCGUCACACCCCAUAGCAAGCCUGUGCUGCUGAAGGCCGUCUCCAUGACCCCGGUGCCCCUGUUCAGCAAGCAGAGGACUGGCUGCAGACCCUUCUGUGAGGUCUACACAGGUGGCGAGCGCGUGGCCAGCACGUCCCAGGAGUACGACAAGAUGAGAGAUUUUAAAAUCGAGGAUGGCAGAGCUGUCAUUCCCCUGGGUACAACAGUGCAAGGAGAUGUGCUUAUUAUAAUUUACCAUGCGAGGUCCACCCUGGGAGGACGGCUGCAGGCCAAGAUGGCCUCCAUGAAGAUGUUCCAGAUUCAAUUCCACACUGGGUUUGUGCCUCGGAAUGCAACCACUGUGAGAUUCGCAAAGUAUGACCUAGAUGCGUGUGACAUCCAAGAAAAGUACCCAGAUCUGUUCCAAGUGAACCUGGAGGUGGAGGUGGAGCCCAGGGACAGGCCAAGCCGCCAGGCCUCGCCAUGGGAGAACGCAAGCAUGAAGGGGCUGAACCCCAAAAUCCUGUUUUCCAGCCGAGAGGAGCAGCAAGACAUUCUGUCUAAGUUUGGGAAGCCAGAGCUCCCCCGGCAGCCCGGCUCCACAGCGCAGUAUGAUGCUGAGGAGGGGUCCCCGGAAGCCGAGCCCCCUGAGUUGGACUCGCCGCCGAGCAGCAGCACAGACACCGGCCACUUUCUGCACACGCUGGACUGGCAGGAGGAAAAAGAAUCCGAGAUGGGUGCAGGAAACACCUCUCCCAAAGACAACCAGUCUGCCCUGGUGGAGGAUGGAAGCGGGAGUGGGGCAUCAGAGGAGGAAGAGGUGCUGAGCACUAGAGACAGCAGGAUGCCCAGGGCCGAGGGUGAUGGGCCAGGUUCACAGGACCUGAUCUUUGAUGCGGGAGCCAUGGCCCUGUCCCCGGAGCCCAUGCCACAGGAGGACAGCGUGGACCUCCUAGGGCUGCACUCUGAGGCAGGCCCCAGGCCAGCUUCCCCUACACAGACCUGCGGGGUCUCCUCCAGCAACACCGACCUCCUCAGCUACCUCCUUGGGCCCCCUGAGGCUGCUUCAGAAGGGCCCCCAGACGACCUGCUUGGCAGCGAGGCCCCACUGCUCUUGGCCAGCCCGGCUGCUCCCCAGAGUGUUUCCAGCACCCCCCGAGGAGAACCUCCUGCCCCUGGAGGACAGGCUAAUGCUUUGGUCACGGUGUCACUGUCCCUGCCUGACCCUGCAGCUGACCCAUUUGACCCCUUGCUGCUGCCGUCGGACUCCGACACUCAGCCCUGCUCUAAGCCUGACCUCUUCGGCGAGUUUCUCAAUUCCGACUCCGUGGUCGCCCCGCCUGCCUUCCCUGCCACCCACAGCGCCCCGCCCCCGUCCUGCAACACUGACUUCCUGCACCUGGGGGAUCUACCGGUGGAACCUGGCAAGAUGACAGCCUCGUCCAGCCAACCAGACCUACUGGGAGGGUGGAGCACCUGGGCUGAAGCCACUGCACCCGGGCCAGCCCCCACACCAGCCACUGAAGGCCCCGUCUUCUCUUCUGGAGGCCAGCCGGCCCCUUCUGGCCUUCCAGCCAGCUGGACCAAGUCUCAGAGCCUGGACCCAUUUGCUGACCUUGGCGACCUCAGCUCCAGCCUCCAAGGUUGAGAGCCGCUGAGACCCAUGAGAGUUUUCGUCUGUCACUCUGUGCUGUCUGGGAGCAGAGAGAGGCUGCAGAGAGAGCAGGUACAUCACUCAGGGACUGGAUCUGCUUGGGCAGGAGGAGAGAACUCCUCGAAUGCAGCUUGCCUGGCAGUGGCCAAGCUGCCUCCUCACAACCUCUUGGCAGCCAGAGCAGACCAGAAAGAAGCUGCAACUGAGCAGAGAAGUAGCCAACCCAAGUCCAGAUGGGGACACAGCACUCCUCUCACGAACCAUCAAGCAGCUGGACAGAAGUGUCAAGGACAUGGGAAAGUGGCCAGCACAGCUGCAGUGUCCCUCCCCAAAUCGAGUCAGUGUGCCCUUCCCAUGGUCCCUCGGAGCACAGGCCCAGAAACAAACCUCAACAGAUUUAAAAGAAUUGGACAUCACAGUGAUUCUCUGAUUAUGAUGAAAUCAGCUCUAUAGAUCACUAACAGCAAGAUAAUUGAAAAAACCUUCACCCUUGGAAACAAAACAGCACACUUCUAGAUGACACCUCAGUCACAGUGGUGACAGGGACAUACACAGGGUAGAAUGCUUGCUUUAGAAAAGACAGAAUAUCCCAUUAAUAACAUGAGCUCUCUGCUCAAAAACUUUAGGGAAAAAGGGAGAAGAUAAGCCCAAAGCAAGCAGAAGGAAAUAAUAAAAGGCCAAAAUCAACAAAACAGAAAACAAAAAUGAAAGAGAAAGUCAGAAAAAAAAGGCUGGUUCUUAGAAAAGAUCAGUAAGGGCGGCGCCUGUGGCUCAGUUGGUUAGGCGCCGGCCCCAUAUACCGAGGGUGGCGGGUUCAAACCCGGCCCCGGCUAAACUGCAACCAAAAAAAAAAAAUAGCCAGGCGUUGUGGCGGGCGCCUGUAGUCCCAGCUACUCGGGAGGCUGAGGCAAGAGAAUCGCUUAAGCCCAGGAGUUGGAGGUUGCUGUGAGCUGUGUGAUGCCAUGGCACUCUACUGAGGGCCAUAAAGUGAGACUCUGUCUCAAAAAAAAAAAGAUCAGUAAAAGUGACAAAAACUUCUACUAAGAUUGACUGCCAAAAGGAAAAAUAGCACAAGUUACCAUUAUCAGGAACUAUACAGAAGCAUCCCCACAGACCUGUAGGCUUCACAAAAAACAGCACGGAACGCAAACAGCUCUGUGUACAUAAACACCGUGACUUACACUAAAUGGACAAAUUCUCAGAAUUGUUCAAAUCUACUGUCGAAACUUACCCAAUAUGAAGUAGGGAUUUGAAUUGCUCUAACACUAUAAAGAAAAUGUGAAUUCAUAGUUAUAAACCUCCCCAAAGGGAAAGAUCCAGACCUAGAUGUGGUUAUUGGAGAAUUUUACUAAAUGUUUAAAGAAUGGCCCACAGUCUUUCCAAGGACAGGAAAUUGUCUCCAGUUGAUUCAUGAAGCUGGUGUUAUUACCUGAUACCCAAGUCAGACAGAAGGCAUACAAAAAUGUUAAACUGCAGGCCAAUAUCCCUCAUGAAUAUACAGAAAUCUUCAACAGAAUAUUAAGAAAUAGCAUUAAUCGAUAUUUAAAAAGAAUCAUGCAUCAUGAUCAGUGGAGUUUAUUUCCAGAGUGUAAGGCUGGUUCAACAUUAUGAAAUCAGUGAACAGAAUCUACCAUGUUAACCAGCCAAAGAAAAAUAGUCAAAGGGGCACAUCAGCAAUGAAGGAACAGCAUUAACAGCAUUUGACAAAUUCCAUCCCUUUUUUCUUUCUCAAAGGGAGAUCUAAAAAAAUUUUAUACAUAUACAUAUGAAAUUCAGUACCUUUCUCUAAUACUGUCAGCAAACCAGUGACAAGAAUGUCAACGACUUGAUAACAGCAUGAACAGAGCUCUAUAGUAGACGCUGCUCGUAACAUCUCCUAAAGUUGGGAACAAGGCAGAGACGUCCUCUCUCCAUUCUGUUCCCACUAGGCAAGGAAAAGAGGCAGAAGUUAUGUUACUGGAAAGGAAAAAACAAAAUUAUUCCAAAAUUGCUUCAGAUGGUAUGAUGUGCAAGAGACUCAAGGGAUCUACAAAGACCCUUCAGAACUGAGUUCCAAGAUCAGCAGAUCAAAUUAUGUGGAGUUUCUGUUCAGUUACAUUACACAAGGAAACCAGAAUUUAAAAUAUACCAUUUAUAAUCACUUUCUUAAAGAAAUUAACAUUUAUAGUUUGUUUUAUAUUUAUAAACAGUGUAAAUCUGACAAAAUGUGUGUAGGACUCUAUGAUGGAACCGCAGAGGCAAACAUGGAUCAGAAGACCUGGGACAGUAGACAGGCGAGCCUUGGCCGUAGAUAGGCAGUUGAGCUGAGUGAAGAUGUUGAUUUAUACAUUUGACACAGUUCUACCGAAACCCAACUGGGGUUCUUCUAGAUACAGACAAGCUUAUGUUUUGUUUUGUUUUGUUUUUUGAGACAGAGCCUCAAGCUGUCGCCCUGGGUAGAGUGCCAUAGCAUUACAGCUCACAGCAACCUCCAACUCCUGGGCUUAAGUGAUUCUCCUGCCUCUGCCUCCCAAGUAGCUGGGACCACAGGCGCCCACCCCAACGCCCGGCUAUUUUUUGGUUGCAGCCAUCGUUGUUUGGCGGGCCUGGGCUGGAUUCGAACCUGCCAGCUCAGGUGUAUGUGGCUGGCCCCUUAGCCACUUGAGCCACAGGCACUCGGCCAACAAGCUUAUUUUGAAGUCUGUUGGAAAAGGUAAAUGGGCUAGAAAGGCUAAACUGUUUGGAAUGGAGAUAUCCUUCUCCCUCGCCCCUCAGCUUCCCUUUGGAGCCAUAGAAAUCAAGGCUGCAGUGUGGACAGAGCAGGCAUAUAACUGAUGGGGUUUUUUAAAUUUUGCUUUCGAUUGGCUUUCAAUUGUCUUAGUUUUAAGGUUGUUUUUUUUUUUUUAAUUUUAUUUAUUUAUUUUUAUUGAGACAGAGUCUCACUUUGUGGCCCUCCGUAGAGUGCCGUGGCAUCAUAGCACACAGCAACCUCCAACACUUAGGCUUAAGUGAUUUUCUUGCCUCAGCCUCCCAAGUAGCUGGGACUACAGGUGCCCACCACAACGCCAGGCUUCUUUUUGUAGAGACAGGGUCUUAGAACCUCUGAGCUCAGGGCAAUCCACCCGGCUCGGCCUCCCAAGAGGGCUAGGAUUAUAAGUGUGAGCCACUGUGCCUGGCCCAUAUAACUGAUUUUUGACACAUUUGCAAAAUCCAUUCAGCUAGUGGUGCUGGAGCCAUUGACACCAAAGACAAAGAAAGGACCCUGACCUUAACCUUGUUCCUUGGGCAACCGUUAGCUCAGAGUUGGGUGCAAGUUGAGACUUGACACAGGGAGCUCAGAGGACCUGAGGAAAGCUUUGGGACUCGGCUCCUGAACCACCACCCUCAGGAGCAGCGGGUAAAUCGGACUUUGUCAAACCCUGUGAAAUACAAAGCUACAAAGGAGGAGAAAAUAUUUUUAAGCCACAUAUUUGACAAAGGUCUUGUAUAUAGACCCCAUAGAUUAACAACAAAACUGAAAGCUGUCCACCCCUCAGAACACAGGCAGGGUACAAGAAGAGCUGUCCCUGCGGAGGACGCCAGCUGGUGACAAGCUCAUGGGCACGUCACAGGUGGAGACUGUGGUGCCUAACCCCGUCAGGACCCCAAAAGGAGAAGGCUGCGCCAGUGCUGGGGAGGAUGUGGGGACACUGUUACACCUCGCACCGCUGGCGGGAAUGGAAACAGGAGCGCAGUCAGUGUCUAUGUGACCUCCAUGUGACCCUGGGCACAAAACUUUCAUUUGCACAAAACUUAUCAGGCAGUCCCUUAGUGAUGAAAAGGAGUGGACAGCAGCUGCAUGCAAUGGCUCAGAGAGACAUCCUGAGUGAAAAGAGCCAAUUGCAAAGGUCACCUACUUUUGGUUCCAUUUCUAGAGCAUUCUUCAGAGGACAGAACUGUAAGAGGAACAGAUCAGUGGUCUUGAUCUGGUUUUUACAGGCAUCUGUGCACAUUGAGAGAUUGUGUAGACCUGCAUGGUUGCACAGACACACUGGAGCAUCCUGCUGCCCACCCCAGGGGCACUGGGCAGGGAUGCUUGGGGUCUCUCAGUUUGCAGCGUCCCACGAUUCUGUUAAAAAAUUCAAACUAAGAAGGGGCUUUAGGAAGUGGUGCCCACCCAACAUAGGGCCAUGGGAGCAGGGUGCUGCCCCGACAGCCACCUGCCUGGUGUUAGCCUCAGCACUUGGCCUGUGCUGUGACCCCUGGCCCUCUUUGUGUAGGGUGGAGAGGCAUAUCCCACUGGCACAGUGCAGGGCUCGUUUGUCCACUGCUUUCCCCACACCUGUGGUGUUCUUC